UAGACAGUUGCUUUCGAACUCCCCAAAUACUCAAUAUCUACAAUGGACAAGCAAAGUCUCCUUAACGCACUCGUUGGCGUCCUGAAUUCGACUUCCGUUUUUAACUCAGGGGUUCAAGAGCCCAAUAUUACUAGUAACAGCACGAGUCUCCUUGCGACGCCGACAAAUGUGACACUAAGUACCGCUGGGAUGUCAAACUGUACUCAGGCCUGCGCGCUAGGCGGCCUGGUUUGUGCAGUGACCCUUCCUAAUGAAGCGAACUUUUGCUGGGACUCAUUCUCCGGGUGUAAUAAGCGUUGCUAGCCAGUGGCAAAAGGAUGGGGGGUGGAUUUGCAAUACCGCAAGCGCAGUGACUCGCUGUAAAGUUCUCCGGAGGGAUUGGAGAAGAUCCACUGGUUGAAUUGAGGGUGCGCACGUGCUUCGAUGCCCGUCUGGAUGGGCGAUUCAACAUCGGGCUACCUAAGUAGGUACUUGGGGUAUCAUGGUGGAUUAAGGGGUACAUGGGGUUGUGCAAUGCAGGAGAGGGAACCGAUCUGGUUUCUAUAAUGUGUACGGAGUAAUGUAAUAGAUUUGGAUAGAGUGGAGAGUCCUUUGUUGAAUUGAUCUCAUUACUUCAAUUGCUGAUGUCGUACCGGAAGUGGAAAGGAGAAAGAGGACACAUGCCAUGCAGAUGUACAUCAGGGUGUCUGCGGUGCAACUAGUGGUAACCGUCGGAACUGGAGAUGAUUAACUUCGAGGGACGUUUAAAGUGGUAGUACCAAUCAGCAUGCCCGUUCCACCCUCAUGGCUCCGUUCCCAAGAUUUGCAGAGGGAGGGGUUGUUGCAAAUGGAAGGAU